AUGAGAUCGAGCAUAGAGGAGUCCCAUCAUCUCCACGUUGAGACCCGACGCCAGCAAGGCGACGGCAACUUCGUACUUCUGGUCAACGAAGAAGUGAGAUUGGUCGUGUCGUUCGAAUGUAAGAAGGAUUCGGUGAUCGACGGUUACGUCGAGGAGCACCACAAAGGGCGACCUCGCUUCCCGAAUGACGAGUUGAAUCCGCUCAGACUGCGGUCAAGCUCGAAGCCACUUUACCCGAAACUCCGCACACGAGCGGGAUCCUCAUCAAGGUGA